AUGACGCCAACCUCAGGAACAUCCGUUUGUUACCGGGGCCUCCGAGACAGCGAUCCAUCGCGAUUUCGCAACGUGCUGCUAAAUCUGGAGCUGUCCUGUGGCGACAUCUCUCACUUCGUCGAGCUCCAGGUCCAUCAUAAGAUGAUCCUGGACUUCAAUGAGGUCAGCCACGCCCACGACUUCUAUGACUAUUUCCGGCGCGAGUUGCGGAAUACCUAUGGAAAGGAGAUGGAGAACAGCUUGAACUUCAUGCUGGAGCAGCGCAUGCAGCUUUUCAAGGAAAUCUCCGAAGUGCCGGUGCUCCUGUCGGUCAUGACCAUGGCGCUCCUUCACUCGAACCAAAUGCCGAGCAACCUGUUCGAGCUCUAUGAUAUGGGCCUCAGGAACAUGGUGCGAAGCAGCCUGAACCAGGCGCAGGAGGACGAAGUCGCCGCCACCUGGGAUAUGAUGCAAAAGGUGGCGGUGGAGAACCAUCUGAGGCAGAAACGUAUCUUCACCCAGCAUGAUGUGGACGUUGCCUUGUCUUCGUCGCCCGAGCUGCAGAAACGGUGGCUGACCUUUGUGGAGCGGGCCGACGUGCCUUUUGUGAAGAUCCUGUCUGAUGGCGAUGCUGCCGAGUUCCAAUUCAGGCACCUGAGCUUUCAAGAAGCCUUGGUGGCGCGGCGCCUGGCGAGCCGAGAAGGGGAGGAGCCAGAUGCACCAGCGUCCGAGGAGGCGCAGCAGGUGGCCUUGCGCUUCGUGCGGCACCACGGCUCGCUGGCCAGCUUCAUCAACACGCCCUUCUUCAUGAACAUGCUCCGGAUCGGCCGGGGGUAUGUGGGAGAUGCCUUCGGACGGUACUGGACACUGACGGAGCCCCUGAACGACGUCGGACUGCAAGGCCUUUGGUUCCUCCUCCUGGGUGCCCGGGGCGUGGUCCUGGUGAGCAUCCUCCGCACCGGCAAGGAGGCGUUGAGCGUCUAA